CUCCUCCCUAUGCGUGACGGUAUUAGAGUCAUGUGCGGAUCUGGACCUCCGGACCACCGUAGCGGCUGUCACAACCGGAAGUUUACUUUGGUGAGUCUUGCAGGGUGACAGCCCAACGCAAGACUGCAUAGCAUACAAGACUACCGCACUUUAAAAAAGUAUUUAUUUUAUCGGACGUACCGACAUUUAUGCGCAUUGUAUUAAUGUAACAUUUUAAUAAUGGCCGCGGAGUUUUUAGUGAUGUUGUAUGAGUAUUCUCCUCUCUUUUACAUUGCUGUCAUAGCAGUAUGUUUCAUUAUCACUGUGGCUGUUGUGUUGGGCUGGUUUGGAUUUGAUGUCCCGGUAAUUUUACGCAGUUCAGAUGAGACUGAAUCUCUAACAGCUGUCUCUGAGAGGAAGAUGGUGCAGGUGACCAAUCCCUUCGCUUUGGAGAUGGACUCUACGGCUGGUACAGUAACUGAGGGUGUGAGUUUGCAGCCGUAUUGUCUUGAAGACUGCGUCCUCAGCUGUUUCUGGGGCUGUGGGGUCCAGGCUCUCCAGGCGGCCCUUCAGAGUCACCAGCACGGGCUCCGGCUCCGCACACCAGAGCUGUUUCAAGAGGCUCUGGAGUUAAGCUACCUUCACCACCAAAGCUUCAAUAUACAUAAAGAAGAAAAAGAAGAAUACGUCACCCAGAUGCCUCCAGAUCUCGGAGUAACCGAUUUUGGGUUGCUCCCCCGGGAUCGAUACCCCUUGGUUGCUGUGCUGACACUGGCCAAUCCAGAAACCAGAGACAACUACAAUAUUGUGGCCAGUGUGACAGUCCUCCACGUUCCUGAUGACAAAUACAGACUCUCUGCGAGAAUCUUGUUUCAGUAUCUCCUCACGGCACAAGGGAAUUUGUACGAUCUGAAGCCUCUCUUCAUGUCAGCAGACAACAGCAACUUGUCUGGAACCACAGAGCCUUCGAUAAGCACGCAAGGGGCGGAGCCACAGCCCAAAAGGCCAGGUGAGAAGGGGCAGGAGUCUGAGUCAGAAGGGGAGUGGCCUGAUACCCAAGGCAGGGACUGUGUGGUGUGUCAGAAUGCACCGAUUAACAGAGUGCUGUUGCCAUGCAGACAUGCAUGCGUAUGCGACGGCUGCGUGUGCCACUUCCAGCACUGUCCGAUCUGCCGGGCCUUUGUCCUUGAAUCUUUUGCUCUGGCUAACCAACCAGCUCGUGAUGAGGACUUAGCAGAAGACUAAACCUGUGUAAACCCAGUAUUGAAAGCCAGGCUUUGCUGGAAAGGCAAAAUUCGAAAAGUAAACGUAGCAUCUUCAAGGUAAAGAGAUGCAGGCAGCUGACCUUUAACCCCAAGUAUGAACUCUUCCAGAAUUAUGUACAUUUUAGGCUUUUGAAGUUGAGUGUAAA